GACGAAUUGCAUGGCAAUCACAAUUUUCUUCUAACCAUUGGACUUCACAAUUACAGCUUUGUUGUCAUAGUUAAUCACAGUUUUGCUGUUGGUACAACGGAGUGGUUUCCACGAUCCAAAAAAGGGUUCCAGGAAUGGAGUCGAUUCCUACUCAAAUACCUGCGGGACGAGACUCACCAAGCUCAAAACAAGAACUGCCAUACUCUAGCACGAGCAACCUUAAGCCAAACCAAGUUAGUGAGACCAUUUUGUAUGGAAUACCCAUCGUGUCAUUGGUGAUAGAUGGCCAGGAGAGACUUUGCCUCGCACAAAUUUCCAAUACCUUGUUGAAGAACUACAGCUACAACGAGAUACACAACCGGCGAGUUGCACUUGGAAUCACCUGUGUGCAGUGCACCCCUGUCCAGCUUGAGAUCCUAAGGCGGGCAGGGGCCAUGCCCAUUUCCUCUAGGCGCUGUGGGAUGAUUACGAAGCGUGAGGCCGAGAGACUUUGCAAAUCAUUCCUAGGCGCGCACAAUCCCCCAAAACUUCCAGAAAAUUUUGCGUUUGACGUGUCUCAUGAAUGCGCUUGGGGAAGUCGAGGUAAUUUUAUACCGGCAAGAUACAAUAGCUCAAGGGCUAAAUGUAUCAAGUGUUCCUAUUGUAGUAUGUAUUUUUCUCCAAAUAAGUUUAUCUUUCAUUCUCAUCGCACACCAGAGUCAAAAUACACUCAGCCGGACGCUGCUAACUUUAACUCCUGGAGGCGGCACCUCAAGUUAACAGAUAAAAACUCACCUGAUGAUGUUGCUCAUGCAUGGGAGGAUGUGAAGGCCAUGUUCAAUGGAGGUAGUCGCAAGAGGACGUUGCCAAUGAGCGGGCCAGAGCGUUCUUCUCCAUUAAAAUCGCAUGGACCUUCCAACCUAUCCCGCGGAGACUCGCCGGAUAUUCCACCAAAGAUACUCCGCUGUGAGGACAACCGAGGCAGUAUGAACAUGACAAGCUCUCGCAGUUACCCGGUAAUUCCAGUUCCCAGCAAAGGUUUUGGAAUGCUGCAAAAGAUCCCACCACCGCUCUUUCCACAUCCAUAUGGAUUUCCAGCUUUUGGGUUGUGUCAGAAGAAAGACGACAUGGGAGAGCAAAAUAAACCCAACCUUUCAGGCGUGUUUUGGCCAGGCACCAAGGACAGUACCUAUUCCUUUCCCAUGUUUUGGCCAACAGGCGGCCUUCCUAUACCAUCAUACCCACAGUCCCAUCCCAAACCUCCACCAGAGCUCCUGUGCCCUAGAAAAAAUGAUUUGGACCUGUCUGACAACAGUGACACCAACACUCCUAAGGACAGUAUGAUUGACAGUGAGCGAUGCUCCAGCACACAGUCCAUUCGAAACGAAGAAGUAACCGGGGACGAAGCGAGGCCAAUGGAGGGGUUGGCCAUUAUUCCCCGGAAAAUGAGCUAUGUCUCUGCUUUUAGACCGGUUAUCAAAGACACAGAGAGCAUAACCAAACUUUACGGCAACAGGGGAAAUUACAAAGGUGCUCAUCAUGGCUAUCUGUCACCUGAUUUUUUAAGUGAAAGCUCAAGUUACCGGUCCGUAUCUCCCGGCGUGGACAGUGAAGGUGAGCCAGACGUGGAUGUAGAAACAAACAAAUCACAAGAGGACGAGGAAUGUCUUUCAGUUACCACUGAAGGCAGUCGGAGUUCUCCUAGUCUGAACAUGGCACAGGGUGUUUCAUCAAAUGACCCAGAAUCCAGAUCCGUGCCAGAGGCCACUCUUGUUGACCCACAAAGAAUUAACUUACAUUUAGCACAGUCGUCAGAAAGAGAAAUACAAGACAAGGCACGGCCGGAGAGGGCAGCUGCAUCCUUUGUUGACAUGUACACAUCGGAGAGGAGUGAUCUGCAGCACAGAAGCAGUCCCUAUUUUAGGUCUUCUAAUUACCUGCCAGGCCCACUCAAAUCGAAUGAUGAUAGUGCUAAUAAAGAAGAACCAUCCUCGACGGUAGAUGAGACUGAAACGAAAUCUUUAAACGAACAAAGCAAUGGAUCCGAAGAAAGCCAAAGGGAAACGGAUGACGGCGAAGAAGCGACAGUCAACAUUUCCGGAGAUCCACAAGCAGAGAAGGACAUGGAAACACUGGCAAAGGAAGAAUUGCAGAAACAACUGCUGGAGCAAGUUGAGAUCAGGAAGAAGUUGGAACGAGAAUUCCAAAGCUUGAAAGACAAUUUUCAAGAUCAAAUGAAAAGAGAGCUAUCCUACAGAGAGGAGAUGGUUCAACAGCUUCAUAUUGUCAGAGAAGCUCACGACGCACUACAUCAUUUUUCAUGCAAGAUGUUGACCCCCCGUCACUGCAAUGGAACCUGCUCCUUCAAAUCUCCUCUCUUACCCCCUUAA